UGGUUGGCCUUGCGGGAUGGGCGUGUCAUGAUUCCCGGUGGUUGUGUCCGGGUAAGAUGGCGUUGGAAGAGCAAUGCUCGGCGCCACCUCGGUGGCGAUCCAUAUCGCUAACACACGUUGAGUUCGCAGAGGAUGACCUGACAGGACACCUGCUUGCCUACAUCAGUCUGCUGCCCAUUGCCAUCCUUGUGGGCUUUGUGACGCUCAUCAUGUUUAAACGAGAGCUGCACACGAUUUCCUUCUUCAGCGGGCUCAUCCUCAACGAGGGCGUGAACUGGAUGCUCAAGCACAUAAUUAGAGAGCCGCGGCCCUGUGCAGGGGCUCACUCCAACCUGAACACCGACUACGGAAUGCCGUCCAGUCAUUCCCAGCUCAUCUGGUUCUUUGUCGUUUACUUCUUUCUUUUUCUUUAUUUAAGAAUGCAUCAGACCAACAACGCUCGUUGUGUGGACCUUCUGUGGAGACAUGUCCUGUCCAUCGUCCUCCUGGGCGUGGCCCUCGCCGUCUCCUACAGCAGGGUGUACCUGCUGUACCACACGUGGAAGCAGGUGUUUUACGGUGGCGUGGCAGGCAGCGCCAUCGGCGUGGUCUGGUUCUUCAUCACGCAGGAGCUGCUCACCCCGUUGUUCCCCAAAAUAGCAGCAUGGCCUGUGUCAGAAUACUUACUGGUGCGCGACACCAGCCUGAUUCCCAACAUCUUGUGGUUCGAGUAUACUGUGACGCGCUCGGAGGCCAGGAACAGACAACGAAAGCUCGGAACAAAACUCCAGUGAAAUCCCUCACACGUAUUUUACAGAAAAACACUGGAGGACAUCUGGACUCGGGUUGCCGGGUAGAAAAAAAAAGGCGGGGUGGCGGUGAGCUUGUACACACGCCCUGCUUGUCAACACACACACGCACACGCACACGCACACGCACACACACACACACACACACACACACUUCGUCCUAUGUACAGCUCCUCCGUGCAUGUCACACCGUGCAAGAGGCCAGGUAUUUAAACGAUAGAUGAAAUACUUGAACUUAAACGCACGUUGAUGGGCCACCGUUCUCCCAGGAGCUGAAAUGGAGGUUUUCCUCCACAACAAUUUGUUACACUGUCAUUGCAGCAUGAUCCCCCCCCCCCCUUCUCCAUAUUCUGACAUGGGGGCUGACUUUUUUCUUAACCUUGAAGACAUUUUUUGAUUUAUCAUGAGGAAAGAAAUGCACAUUGGUAAAAAAACUAAAAGGAAGCAACUAAUUAAUGAUCAUUGGGUUAAAGGUUAAGACAUCCGCAGGCCUUUUCAUCCGUUUUCUCAGUCGCAUCUAUGAUUGUCAUUGUUGCACAACUACAGCGGUGUGUGCUCAGUUUGCGACUGAGUUUUGUGCCUGCCCGCAGUGGUGGCGUAAACUCAAGUUGUACGUUAAGAAAGAACAGGUUACGUGAAGUUAAGCGGAUGCAAAAAUCGUUAUUACAGUGCGUUCAAUUAAAUUCCUGUUCAUUCCCUAUUAUUGUCAAAUUUCCAAUCUGUGCAGUUCAAUAAGAACAUUUGUGUGUAAAUCCACGUUUACGAAAAAUUAUUGGUCAUUUUUGGACCAGUUUUUUUUUUUUUUUUUUGGUUUUUUAUGCCUCAUUCAUGUCGUAGCACCGUGGGAGAAGAACCCUUGGCACUUUUUUUAAAUAAAUCAAACAUUUUUUAAAUUAUCAUUUCAUUGUUCAAAUUUGAAUUUUGGUUUUUGUUUUCUUACAAUUCGAGACAACAUUCCAUGUCUUUUUCAGGAGUGCAUGAAUCAUGACUGCAGGAGAACGUUUCCUUGUUUUUAUAAUUUUUGAAGGAAGGGAAAAUAUGAAUACAAAUCCAUAAAGAAGGUUGGUCGUAGCAUGUGAUGAUGUGGAAUUCCCUGGAAAUUCAUGACCACUGGCGAUUAAAGUGUCAUAUCAUGAGAAUCAAAAAGGGAAGUCGAAUUAUCUAUUUUUUUUUCUUGUGUAUUCUAUAUCAGGCUGAAUAAACGUGUUUACGUAAAAA